GUGAGAAAUUAGUUUUGUUGUGUGGUUAGUUAUAACGACUUGCAUCCAGAAUCCAGCAUCGAAAUCAAAUCAAAUCAUGAAGUUAUUAAUCGUACUUGUUGCUACUUUGGGAGUGGCUUGUGCCUUCCCACACGGCUUUGGUGGUAAUGCUGGAGCUGAUGCCGGUGCUAAUGCGUCAGCUAGUGGUGGCGGAGGCGGCUUCGGAGGUCCUCAGGGUCACCGUGGCGGUCAUGGUGGUCAUGGUGGUUCUGGUGGAUUUAUUCCCGGUGGUCCAGGUGGUCCAGGCGGUCAUGGAGGCGGCCAAGGUGGUCUUGGUGGUCAUGGUGGUUCUGGUGGAUUUAUUCCCGGUGGCCCAGGCGGUCAUGCAGGCGGUCAUGGAGGCGGCCAUGGUGGUCCUGGUGUCUACGGAGGCGGUAGUGCCAAUGCCAACGCACAGGCGAGCUCCAACGCGUAUGGUGGUGAUAAUGCCAAUGCCAAUGCCAAUGCCAGUGCAAAGGCUCAAGCUGGAGGCUUUGGUGGCGCACACUCUAAUGCAAACGCUCAGGCUAGUGCCUCAGCCGGCUCCGCAUUCUAGAAUAACACACACCACACUCAUCUCGAACUGCCCAACAUUUUUUAGCUAAUGUGAUUUAUGUAUAAAGUUUUAAGCAAAGAUACAAAGAGAAAAAAAAGUGACAAGAAAAAAAAAUAAUAAAAAAUUUAAAUUUAAUAUAAUA